AUGAAGGCCAGGGGUGUCCUCUGGAUCCUGCUUGGAUUGCUGCUGUGGCCAGAGCCAGGGACAGCAUCCUCCUUACCCCUGGUCAUGGACUCCAUCAUCCAGGCCCUGACUGAGCUUGAGCAAAAGGUGCUGGUGACUGAGGCCAACCGCACUGCCUCUGCAUGGAUUCUCUCAGCCAAUAACUCCAGCCCCCACAAUUCUCUUCACCAGCAUUUGCUGCGGAAGGCACUGAGCCACAACACUACAGAGCCACAACACUCACUGAGCCCAGAGCUUCAAGCCCUGAUUUCCGAAGUGGCCCAACAUAGUGUAAAGGAUGGGCAGGAAUACGGAGUGGUACUGGCACCGGAUGGCUCCACUGUAGCCGUGAAGCCUCUACUGAUUGGGCUAGAGGCUGGCUUGCAAGGGCACAGUGUUACCAACUGGCCUUCAGACUGCCUGGCCACCCCUUGUGAUGCUGGAGACACCUUGACAAACAUUGGAGCCAUCUGGUCAGGACUCAUGGAUACCUCCACAAAUGCCUCUUCUACAGAUGCUGGAGCCACUUUACCAAAUGACAAAGCCAAGACUCCCACCACUGUGGACAGACUCCUGGCAGGCAUCUUGGCUGGAGACUUGGGUCUGGCAUUCCUCCAUGGUUCCCAGACUCGGAGUCCUCCAGGCCUGGGAACUGAGGGUUGCUGGAACCAGCUUUCUGCCCCCAGGGUCUUCACACUGUUGGAUCCUAAGGCAUCCAGGCUCACCAUGGCUUUCCUCAAUGGUGCCUUGGAUGGAGCUCUCCUUGGGGACCACUUGAGUCAGGUCUCUAGGCCCCGGCCACCCCUCAGCCACCUGCUGAGAGAGUACUAUGGAGCUGGGGUGGCUGGAGAGCCAAGGUUCCGAAGUAACUUCCGAAGGCAGAAUGGGGCUGCUCUAACUUCAGCUGCUGCCCUGGCCCAGCAGGUAUGGAAGGCCCUUGUUCUGCUACAGAGGCUGGAGCCAGGACAACCUCAGUUGCAGAACGUGAGCCAAGAAGCGCUGGCUCAGGUAGCCACCUUCGCUACCAAGGAGUUCACUGAGACUUUCCUGGGAUGCCCAGCCAUUCUCCCUCGCUGCCGCUGGGGAGCCGCACCUUAUCGAGGCAACCCAACGCCACUCAGGCUGCCGCUGGGAUUCUUAUAUGUGCAUCACACGUACGUGCCAGCGCCACCCUGCACCACCUUCCAGCGCUGCGCCGCCAACAUGCGCUCCAUGCAGCAUUUCCACCAGGACGUGCGCCACUGGGAUGACAUCGGCUACAGGCUGAAAACCAAAAACGCCUCUGACUGA